GAUCAUUUAUACAUGUAUUUACCAAAAAUACCGCUCAACGGUCGGUUGAUGGAUUAGCAGUAAUUCCUACCUCCAUGCUAAGAAAAGUUCGCUUGCUUGUUCUUCAGCCAAAUUUUUGGUUUUGAAAAGUAACCAGAAAUGGCCAGGCACACGAUGACGUUUAUUGCCACAGUACUGGGACUGUUCUUUAUCUAUAGUGGCUUUUCAAAACUGAAUCCGAUGGUAAACGCUGACCUGCAUUUGAACAUGAAGAAGCAUUUUGUUAAUUAUGCCCGCGUGGCGCCACUCCGUACAUACUUUGACAAGCGGUUGAAGGCCUCAGACUAUCGGCAGUUUGUUGGUGGGAUGGAAAUUGCUGGAGGGGCGGGCAUGGUGGUGUUGUCAGGGCGAUUCUCCGUGCCAGCAUCCCAACUUAUUGUCCUCCUGUCGGCUGCCUUCAUGAUCCACACCCACAUCAUCCUCGGAGAUCCCAUGGCUAGGGCAGCGACAAUGAUCGCUACAUCCCUGAUGGUCGUUGUCCAGAUGCUUUUCACCCUCUUCUCAGGCAAGAGCAAGAUGGUGCAGGAUGAAAGAAAGAGAAGUUCAGAGGCCAAGAAAGACAAAGAAACCAAGAAACAGACUGCUAAGAAAACGAAGACCAAGGCUAACUGAUUCAGCGAGGCUGUCCACGAUGAUCGAAUUACAGCUGCACCUCAACACUACCACACUCAGGAUCUCGCGAUGGCCUUGUUAAAGCUACAUCUACAUGUAGAUCAAAGUUUGAAGUGUUGGCGAUCACAAUUGCCUCACUGUCUUUGAGGUUCCCAUAUCAUCAGGUAUCCUUCACUUUUCUGUAAUUGAUAUGCCAUGAUCUCUGGGAUGCUGCCAUGGACAUCUUUCCAUUGUGAGCGGCAAGUACGUACUCUGUGUAUUUGCAAACAACCUGUACGUAGACAGGUUAGUAACAAACUCAGAGGAAAUCUAUAAUAAUUGAAUAUAAACAAGGAUAUGGAUCGUUUCGUUGAAAAGUUUAUAUGUAUAGACUUGUGGAAUGUAUUUGUACAUGAUAGUGAUGUUUGUACACAUUUGAAAUUUUCACUUGUUAUAUUGUAACUGAAUAUGAUAUUUUGGGACUGCUAUGUCCUCUGCUCAUAUCGUUGUGGAGAAAAAAAUUAUUCUUGAUGUAAAGAGUUAUGAGCCAGCCAUAAGUUAAUUAAUCAUCAUAAGAGCGUUUGACCAGACCAUGCAACAAAUUACACUUAUGCACAAAACACAGAACACUUGCAAAAGGCAUGUGGAAAUAAAAGAUUACCGAAAACUGUCACUCGAAGGCCUGCAAUUCCAAUAUCUAUGGUAUCUAUGGCUAUACACACCUGACGUUAUACAAUUUUGUAAAUAUUACAAUAGCAAGAUGUAACUGUCUUUUUGACCAGAAAGGGUGUAAAUUUCAAUCCAUUUCAAAUACCUUUUGGUGCCUUUUUAAAGUCAAAAUUAACAAACUCAUUUUUAUCUCUACUAUCUGUACAUGUGUUGUUUUUUUGUAAUGGUAAGGAUAACAUACAUGUACACAUCGAUAUUAAUCGCAAUGUUGUUGAAUGACUUUUAAUGGGGCUCCGUUUAAGAUGAUAAUUGAAAUAAGCCUAUGAAGUUGUAAUUUCAUGUUUGUGCCAAAGUACUGUGUAUCCAAGAGUCUGUCAUAAGUGACUGAAAAAUUUUAACCUUUCGGAUGAACAUUUUGCUAAAGAAUAGGAAUUUGAGAGAAUGCACAGAAAACAGAUAAAGAAUAGAAGUUAAAGAACCGAAUUUUGCUAUUUCCAAAGUAAACAUUUUAUAUUCACAUUUUUGAAGAAAUGCAACUAAUAAAUAGCCUUGGUCUUCAAGUUUACUGGGUACAUCGAAA